AUGCUAUUCCAUAUAAAUACCGCUUCAGCGGCUCAGGCUGCAUCAUUAUCAAACGGUUCGGCUACCAUGUGCAAUCAAAGUGGAAAACUGCUGGCGUUAGUUCUUAUCAUCGGGGUGGCCAGCUGUGAGGGCCGGACUGUUCAAAAGGAUUUGCCACGCCCGCGUCUAGAUGGCCGCAUUGUGGGCGGCCAGGAGACGAGCAUUGACAAGAUACCCUUUCAGGUGUCGUUGCAGCGCGGAUAUCAUUUCUGCGGCGGCUCCCUCAUCGGCAAAGGUCUAGUCCUAACCGCUGCUCAUUGCACCGAGGGCUCCGCCACAUUGCUCUCCAAGGUCCGCAUUGGCGCAACGCGUUCGGACAGCGGCGGCGUUCUGGUCAAGAUCAAGAAGCUGCAUCGUCAUCCCAAAUACAGCUCCGCGACAAUAGAUUAUGACUUUGCGGUGCUGGAACUGGCCGCGUACGACGAGGCGAAUGUGACGCAGGCCUAUGCUCAGUUGCCCAAGCUGGAUGAGGAUCUGAAGGACGGCACCCCACUCACGGUUUCCGGCUGGGGCAAUACACAGAGCAAUGCGGAGACCAGUGAUGUUUUGCGCUCAGUGGUUGUGCCAAAGGUUAGCCACGCCGAGUGCCUGAAGGCCUAUGGAGGAUUUGGGGAUAUAACGGAGCGCAUGUUGUGCGCCGGGCUGCCCGAAGGUGGCAAGGAUGCGUGUCAGGGUGAUUCAGGGGGUCCGUUGGCCAGCGCCGACGGCACGCUCUGGGGCGUUGUGUCCUGGGGCUAUGGCUGUGCGCGACCUAAUUACCCGGGCGUCUAUUCUAGAGUGGCUGCAGUACGUGAUUGGAUUGAAUCGGUUAGUGGCGUUUAA